AUGAAUUUUAGAAAUACAAGCAACAUAUUAAUAUUUGAUGAUGAGCUAGAAGAGGACAGAAAAUUAACAGAGGCAUUAAAUUCUCAAUUUCCUGGUGAAACUGGCACAAUACAACCAAUAGCAAUAGCCAAUACCACUGACAAUAAUAGUGAUGAAGAUUCAAAAUCAUUAGGACCUGCAAAUAAAAUAGAAAAUAAUAAUAACAAUGGUAAUAAUAAUAAUAAUAAUAACAAUAAUAAUAAUAAUAAUAAUAAUAAUAAUAAUAAUAAUAACAAUUACAAUGGUAUCUUGGUAAAUAGAGAAACAAUAGAAAAUUGUAAAAUAGCAAAGGAUAAUGAAGAAGAGGAGGAAAAAGAUGAAGAAAGUUAUUGUUAUAAUAAAGAUAUAGCGAAUGAAAAAAGUACAGAUAGUGAAAAUGAAUCUCAUUUUAAAAUAAAGCACAAAGAAACAGAAAUUUUAAACAACCAUAAUAAUAAUAAUUUUAUAAAUGGUAAUGGUAAUAAUAAUAAUAUGAAUGAUGUCAAUAAUAAUAAUCAAAAAAAUAAUUUAGAGAUUGAAACAAUUUAUAGUGAAGAAGAAAUUGAAAAUGAAUACAAUGCAGAAGAUGAAGAAAAUAAUAAUAUUAACAAUAACGAUGAUCAAAAGGAAAUACUUGUAGAACAAGAAAUAGAAGAUGAUUUAGAAGAAGAAACUUUAGAACAAGCAGAGUAUCAAAUGGAAAAACAAAAACAAAAAGAAAAAGAAAUAGAAAUGCAAUUGGAUUAUGAAGAAAAAGAAAAAGAGGAAAAUAAAGAGGAACCAGCCAUUCGAAUUCAACAUGAAAAUGGAAAUGAAAUUUAUAGCGAAAAUUUAAUCAAACAUGAUAAAGAAAAUAAUAAUAAUAAUAAUAAUAAUAAUAAUAAUAAUAAUAAUAAUAAUAAUAAUAAUAAUAAUACACCUAUAUCACCACUACUUGGAUUGGAUGAAGAGCAGUAUAAAGAGACAGUUUUAUUAUUCAAUCAAUUAAAGGAUUUAUUAGAUGGUAAUAUCUUAAAUGAUAAUGAGAUUGGGGAUAUAGAUGAUAUCGUUGGAGAUGCUAGAUUACCUUAUACUCCACCUGAAAUUGAAAGUAUUGAUAAUAUUUUAAAUGAUGAAAUUCCAGAUUUGGAUAUACCGCAAAAACAACACCAACACCAACAACACCAACAACACCAACAACACCAACAACACCAACAACACCAACAUCAACAACAAUUAAUAUCUUACCCACAAUCAGACUUUGAUUACCAAAACCAUUGUAAUAAUAAUAAUAAUUUUAAUAAUAGUAGUAAUAGUUUUUCAUCUUUUAAUAGUAGAAAUUUUGAUCCAACAAGAAUGGAUUUCAAUAAGAAUAGUUUUUCUUUUAUAAGAAGGUUAUCUUCAAUUUUACAAUCACAUGAUAAAACUAUUAUAUUUGCAGCUUAUAGUCAAAAAAAAUUAACUAUUAAUAAUUUAAUGCAAUUUUUAAAGGAUUCAAAUAGUGGAUUACCAGUUCGUGAUAGAUAUUAUAAAUUUCAUACAUAUAAACAAUCAUUUACAGGUACAGAGAUGGUGGAUUGGUUAAUUAAUAAUGGUAUUUGUAUAAAUAGACAAUUAGCAGUUCAGUUAGGUCAAUACAUAUUAGAUCAAUCAUUAAUUAGACAUUAUUGGGGUGAUCAGCCAUUUAGAGAUGGAGCUAGUUUCAUUUAUUGUUUUAAAGAUACAAUUGCUACUGAUGAUGAGAUUUUUUCAAUUGUCGAUUCAAUGAAAAAUGAUAUUAAUGGAUUAAAGAGAAUGGAUAGAAGUAGUUAUUUAAAAAAAUUUAAAGAUUGUUUUCUUGGUUGUGAAACUGUUGAUUGGAUGCUGGCAAAUUGUCAAAAAUUUGCAAUUACUAGAAUGGAAUCAUUGACUCUAUGUCAAGAGAUAUUUAAUAAGGGUUAUAUAACAACAGCAAAUGGUGCAAAGGAUUUCUUCAAGGAUGAUGGUACAUUUUACAUUUUUAGAAAUAUUACAUUCAGUGGAUAUUUAGGUAAAAAGAGUAAAAGUAAACCAGAGUGGAAUUAUAAAUGGUUUGCAAUUAGAGACACCAACGAACAUGUCCUUUGGUAUUACGAUUCACCAAGAGAUCCUUCUCCAAUCAAUGGUAUUAGAUUAUCUAAUGCCUACAUUAGAGAAUGUGAAUGUGGUGGCGGUUUCGAAUGUUUUGAAAUCGUUACACAUGAAAGAAUAUUUUGUUUACGUGCUUCAAGUGUUGGUUUACUAAAGUUGUGGGUGGAAUUUUUAUCUUUUCAUACUCCUGCAAUCAGUGAAGAAAAUUCUUUCUUUGAACAAGCUGAAGCUGAAAUAAGAUACGAAUCUUUAAAACAAUCUGAUCAUAAUCAAUUAAUUAAUCAAUUUAAUCAACAAAAUAAUAAUAAUAAUAAUAAUAAUAAUAAUAAUAAUAAUAAUAAUAAUAAUAAUAAUAAUAAUAGUGAUGAUGGAGUUUCAACAUCAAAUACACCAACAAUUCCAUUAUCACCAACUUCAACAGCACAACUAUUGUAA